GAAACUCAAAGUCCCAAUUUGUAGUGUAGUCAGAGUCAUACCAUUCAUCCCUCAAGCUCCUGCAAUGGCGAGCUCCUGGACGCCUGCAUGGAGCACAAAACAUCAGAGAUGGUACUGGGAGGACCGUGAGCGAGGAGUAUCCACUUGGGAACGACCUGCAGACUGUCGAGAAGCUUUGCCCGCAGCACCACCACAAGAGUUGCCUGACAUCUCUUCGAAACGUUUUGGCCUUCCAGAAGGUUGGGAAUGCGAGUGGGACACCCGCUACCAGCGCCACUAUUACUUCAACCGGAAGACCCAGGAGCGGACAUGGAAGCGGCCGCAGGAUCCAGUACCUGCACCCAGUGAAACUGCAAAGCCCAAGAGCCAAGGAGAUGCUCGGAAUCCCUUCAACGCUCCAAAGGAUGCAAGUGCAACUGGUCAAUCCCGAAACAUAGGUGUUCAACGAAGAGGAGCAGGCACAGAGUGGAAUGCAGAGGAAUUCAAGAAGCGCCUUGAUCAGGCCAAACUCACCAAGGACAGGAACUACAUCAAAUCAAUCUUAAAAGAGGUGUCGGAGAACAACUACGCCCUUCGGAAUCAGUGGCGGGUCCCCAGGACAGUGCUAGUACCCUUGGAGACAUGCCUGAAUUCCAGGGUGUCCGGCAUGGGCACCGACCCUGUGGUGACAUUUUCCAAGAUGACCACCGCAGAUGCACUCAUGUUCUUCUGCGAACGCAACCCCUCUCAGAAGGUGGUGGGGUUGAACUUUGCAAAUGGCCAACAUGUUGGAGGAGGCUACAAGAACGGAGCCAUCGCACAAGAAGAGGACCUUUGUCGCCGCAUGCCCACUUUGUACACAUCCCUCUACAACGCCAAGCGGGAGGGUUUAUAUCCCUUUGGCCCUUGCACCUGCAACGACCCAAAGUUGCCGGCCAAGUAUUCCGACGUCUUGUGGACGCCGGAGGUCUGCAUCGGGCGAGCCAGUGAGUCAUUGGGAUACGGCUUGCUUGACAAGAAGCAGCAGGUGUCGGUCUCCUUGGUUGCAGCUGCCGCCCCGAACCUCAAGUUCGCUGACCCACCAGAGCCAUACGACAAAAGCCUCAUGCAAAACACAAUGAAGGCCAUCCUUUUGGCUCCUCUCAUUAAACAGCCCGAUACGAGCACCAUUGUUUUGGGAGCUUGGGGCUGUGGUGCCUUUGGCUGCGAUCCUCAUGACAUCGCGGAUCUUUUUCUCAAUGCCUUGGUGUCUGAGAGGCUUGGACGGCUAUACCAAGAGGUUCACUUUGCCAUCCCUCAAUUCGAGGCGAAUGAUCCGAAUGGUACCAUUUUUCGGGAGGUGUUUCGAGUCUUGGCAUACACGGUGAGCAGAGCAAGAGCCUAGCAACGUGCACAAGCUUUUGUAAAAAGGUUCAAACUCUAAGCCCUAAGCCAGCUAGUCUAGACUGGGGUUAAGACAGCAAGUGUGUUGGUAGUUGAUUUGCCUGGCAAUGCACACUCAGAUGACAACCAACUAGCAAAAUGUUCUGAAUACAGCAGUAGCCUUUGGUUGACUCCUUACAUCAUGAUAGACAACUUGAAAUGCCGAAUGGAUCUUGGUGUUGGACGGGUUUGCACACGAAUCAACUUGCAAAGCUUGCUUUUUCAAGUGUUUCCUCCCUGCAUUUGGUCAGCCAAGGAAAGGGCAACGUGAAGUUCAAAGAGAUUGAGAUGUGAUCAGCCUCGAGGAAGAUUGGCUUUGGAAUUCAGUUCUUUGGCAGCUCUCCUUGGUGUCUCAUAAUUCCACAUGGAGAUUUUGGAACUUUUUUCUGAGCGUGGCCAAUGAGCUUGAGCAAUGCAGCACCGGUGGUGUUUUGAAUACCCU